AUGAACAUCAGUAUUGAUUUGGAAACUGAAUGUGGUGACCUGGUUUGACAUGUCUGACAAGUCACUCUUGGAGAAAAGAAUAGGAAAGAAAUGGAGGAUGAAAAACUGAGAAGUAGGCAGAAUGGAACUAUUUUACGAGUUAUGUGUGCUUUGCUGAAUUCUGGAGGAGGAGUGAUCAAGGCUGAAAUUGAGAAUAAAGAGUAUAACUAUAAUGCAGGUGGAAUAGGAGAAGAUUUGGAACAAUCUUUUACUAAUAUCCUGUUAAUCUUGAUCCUGAAUGAUCUUGACUUCAUGCAGGAUCCUGACAAAAUCCUGAUUUCAUUGAAAUCACGCAGUUCGGAUAGCUCUGGUGUGAAGAUUUUCAUCUUGCAAACCAAUUUGUACCAAAGAAAUGUAUGUGCAGUUGUCAUGAAUUCUACCAGAGCAUUGAACUUACUCAGAGAGAAAAAAAGUAGAAGCUGGUCAUAUUUAAGACCACAGCUGCAUGCAGAGGGCCCUAAUGUACAAGAAGAAAGUGACAUAGAAAAGAAGGCUGCUAAAAUUUUUAACAUGACAGAACCUAUAUGCAAAAAAAAUUGACUUUACUGAAUCCACAGUGUUGACUUUAAAUUGUUCUCAACAAAAAAGGCACUACAACGCAUUAAGGAGAAAGUCCCUCCAUAUGUUUCUGUGUUUGCAAAUACUAACGGUGGAUAUUUGUUCAUUACUUUACAAGUAAAGGAUAGAAAAAUAAGUGGUUUUGAAGAAAAGCAGAGUUAUAUCUCUAAGAUAGAAAGUGAAAUCGAAAAGUCCAUCAGGAAGCUGCAUCAUUUCUGUGAAGAGGAGAAGAUUAAUUACUCAUGCAAAUUCCUAGAAGUCCAUGAUGAAGGAGGUCAUGGUGGAUUUGUCUGUGUGCUCCGAAUAGAGAGAUUCUGCUGUGCCAUGUUUGCUGAGGAGCCUGACUCCUGGCAUGUGACAGGGGACCGUGUGAUGUGGUUAACUACAGAGGAAUGGAUCAAGUGCAUGAUGGAUGCUGAGCCAGGUUGA